AUGUUUUUAUUUUAUCAUUCAUAUUUCGCACCCAUUUGUUCUAGAACCGGUGGAAAGGAUAUUCAGUUUUCCCUGCGUGUCAACGGUGAGAUGUCGGAGGGACUGCCGAACAAGGAAGAAGCCUCGACCUCGGCAGUGAACGGAAAUCCGGUUCAGUCAGAGAACCCUAAUCAAAGUGUAUCAUUCAAUCUGAAGGACCCUGAUUCUCCUUGCGGGACAUUCUUCCCUCGGCCAACUAUAAUAGUUGAGAAAGAUAAACGCUUACAGUGCGGUCUCCUUGAAUGGCGUCCGCGGUGUUUGAUGGGUGCAGGAAAUAUCAAGGCCUUCCUGGCAGCCGCAUGUUUCAUAUCUUGUCUACAGGCUGCUUAUUCCGGUUACGCUGCAUCUCAGGUGACCACCCUGGAAAAACGCUUCGCUGUUGGCAGCAGCGUGAUGGGUGCUGUUAAUUCAUUCUUUGAAAUAGGAUAUAUAUUUUCAGUUGUGUUUGUUAGUUACGCAGGUGGGCGGGGCCAUGUUCCGGUAUGGAUUUCUUGUGGGCUUUUCGUGAUGUCAGUUGGUGCAGUACUGUGGUCGUUACCCCACUUCAUCUUUCGAGAACCUACAUCAAUUGUGGAAUCAAGAACAAGUGAACCUAUAUGCGUUACACCGUCCUACGAACCAAAUUGUACCGGCUCCAGCUGUGUUACAUCACCAGUAUCUUCAUCGGAAGUUGAUGGCAGUGUAUCAGGAUACGCAUUUCUGCCUAUAUUCUUCGCAGCCCAAAUGUUGAUUGGGGGUGGAUCGAGCCCGAUUCUCACACUGGCUCCGCCUUUUAUUGAUGAUCACGUGCAUCCAGCGAAGGCACCGCCCAUGAUCGGUAAAUCUUGUCGUUUUGUUUUACGCAGUAAUCUCAUCAGUCCUCGACACUCUGCCAUAAGCUGUAUUUCAUGUAGAAGAUAUCCGUCGACUAGAAGUUUUCGAUUAUCGGUGUUUACGCAGUUUAGCCCAUGUUGGAUGGAGCGAACGGGUGAGCUGUCGUGUGUUUGGGAGUCUGUCAGGCAUAAACCUGCUAGCAUACCGAAUUCAGAUUACUGGGCUUCGGUGGCUAGGGCACGUGUUGCGUAUGCCCAGCCAUCGUCUACCGCACCGCGCUUUAUUCGCUGCAGCUAA